UUCCCACGGCGGUCGCCUCGUUCUCCGCCUUCGACCUCACCUGACCUGAAUGGUGUACUAGUGGCUUGAGUGUUCCCUCUGCCUUUCAAUUCAAACGCAACCUUUCUCGAGAGAGAGAGACUGUCAACCCCACUGUGGAUCGCCAUAAACUGCGCACUACCGUUGUUCGAGCCAACCUCCGACUACACAAUCUACUAUCAGUCAGAGCCACCAUGGUUUUGGAGCAAGCCCAGAGACAGGUUCGGGGGCUGAUAUCGAAGUCGAACUGUCGAACGCCCUGGAGGCUACUGCAAGGGCUCUGGAAGUCCCUCCAGAAGUCUAGCGACCUCCCCGAUACCCACCCAGAAGUCAAGCAAACACUCCCUUGUGCCUCGCCAGAUGCCCAAGCUAUCAACUACAACGGGAUUUCGGGCCUUGUCGCUGGCGACUACAUGCACGCACCGCCGCAGAAACUCUUCGUCGUCAAUCCGGACCCUGAGUCCGAGCCCACGGACAGUAUCCGCGCGCUACGACCGUUCCUCUCGUCGGCGAUGCGGUCAACCUCGUAUACCCACUCGCAUACGUCCGCACGAAGCAUCCGUGCCGAGAGUCGUCUGCCGAGUGUCGAUCCCCGAACUUCAUCGUCUGCGUCGCGAGAGAGUACACUAUCGUUCGAGUUAGCCAGCGAGGAAGUCGAGCUCUUUUACCAUAUAAUUUUCAACGGGUUACGGGCCCAAGUUAGCCGCAGACGUGUACCUCAGGCGCUAGGCUCUCUGAAUGACAGGUGUGGAUAGGUUAGGGCGGAUUGGCGCAUUAUGAAUCGAAGUUGGGCCGGUGUGUUUUUUGUGGGUGGGUUGCAUUAGUUUGGCUUUGGUUCUUGUCACGUUGUCAGAUACCCUUGCAUACUUGAGUUUUAAGCUCCACUUUCCAAUGGAUGCAUUUACCAGA